GCCAGAAACCUGUGCUUGGGGUGGGAAUUUGUUUGCGUUAGAGUUAUCAACUUUUCAAUAUCCCUAACUUCCUGACGUGUGGUUUUUAUUUUCAAUGGCAGAACAUGGGAAGAGUCUUUUUCAGAAACUUUCUGAAUUUAGAUAUCCAACUAUCAACAAGUACAACCCAUCUUCAUUUGAUUGGCUUUUCGAUAUUGAAGAGGCUUUGCCGUUUCUCGACUGGCUUUGCUCCAAUGUUAAACCUUCAAACCUUCUCAGUUCUGCUGAGCUGAAGCAGUUUGAAUGCCUAGAAAAAGAAAAAUUCACUGUAUUGGAAGGGAAAAGAUUGAUAGAAGCUUCAAAUACUCCACCAGGGGCCCCCGUAAUAGCUGGACUGGAAACUGAACUCCAAGAACUUCAGAAAAUAAAAGACAACCUACUUAUACAAAGGCAACUUUGUGUUAACCAACUGAACAUUUGCAAUACCAAAGCCAAACGAAUAUUGAGGGAAAUAGCAGACUUUGAUUCUACCAAUAUGGAUGAAGAAGCAAAAGAUCAGAAUGUUCUGUCCAAGUUGAAAUCUAAGGAAGCAUUGGCUAAUGAAACUUUGCUAUCUGUAUAUCAAACAUCAUCAAACAUAAUGAAAUUCCUGAGGGAAGAGAAACUUCUCUGCCAACAUUCUUUCAAGCAAUACUUGUUCUUGGAGGAAGAAUGUACUGCAAGUUUGACCAAUUAUGCCAACAGACAAUUCGAACAGAAUAUGGGGCAAAUGGGACAAAAUUCAGGCUUAGAAAUAUGUGCAUUUUUACAAAUCGGACAAAAUGAUUUUGGAUGUCUCUUAGACCUUGAUGAAAAGAGGCGGUCGGUUCAAAAUUGGGAACUAAAUUGGUUACAGCAUCAAUUACCACUAUGUGAAGAAGAUAGAAUUGUCAAUGAAACUGAAGUUUUGUCGCUGAGAAAUGCUCUUGAUUUGAGCUGCCAAAUAUUUUCCGCACUUACUGAUGGAAGAUUUGCGUCACGUUGUCUUGUUGAAAACAGAAAUCACCCGAAUUCCUUGGAACCGGAAAAUUUGCCUUCCUCAAAAGAAUUGGCAUCACUGAAGAAUUGCGUAGUGAAUUCUAUCUCCAAAGCUACACACUUACGUUUUUCUUCCAUCAUCAUUGGGGACUGUAGCUUAAAGCUUAUUAGACAAGAAUAUUUUCUUGUCAAGCAGAAAGGAUUCCUUUGUCUACUUGUUGAACAAUGGGCAAGAGAGCAAUUAGUAUUACUUGCGUUACGGCUGGAAGGACAACAGAUGAAAACUUUACUAUCUGCUUUACAGAACGUUUCCCAAUACCUAUCUGGGGCCGAAUGCCAGCUUUCUGAGAGAACGGGUUUAUUGAAUCGACUUGUGAAAUUGGAGGAUAAUCAUCGAAACAGAAAUACCAUUCCUAAACACGACGAGAUAUCCUGUACACUGAAAAUGAUGUUGGGUCUUGAAUAUAAGCAAGAAAAUGUGCCAAUAGACUAUGGAGAGCUAAGUCAUUUGGCUAUUUUGUUGGAAAACCAAUAUAACGUAACGAAGUUGCAUGUAGGGCAGCACAGGGAAAGAGUUGUGAGUCGACUAAAGGAUGUAGAAAGGCAGGUGGUAAAACUAGAAAAUUUGCUAUUCGAAGGUCCGUUAACUUGCGGCACACAGAAAUUUACUAAUCUCUCAUGUGUCAAAGCGAAUCUGGAUUCCAUUGACAUAUUACGCGAAGACGUUCAGAAACAAUUGAGACCUCGUAAUAGAGAAUUUAAAAUCAAAUUGGCUGUUUUCAAAAGUGAUUAUGUUGAUGCGCUGGAACGUAAAUUGUGGGUAUUAUUUUAUGUCGACGUAAAAUCUAUGAUAUGUAAAACCGAAGCUUUGCUAUCUAAAGCAUCUUUACUGUAAACAAUUCCAUGGAUAUGUACACAACUAUACACACAAGUUAAUGUACCA